AGUUCGUGUAAAAGAAAAUACAGAUGGAGAAGGCUCACCGGCUCGCUGUGACACAGAGAGUCCCCUUAAGCCCGCGUGACAGCUCUCAUACUGUCCCUUUGUGACGAGCUUUAUCCACAGAAUGCCUGCUCUGUGUUUGCUUUGUCUGGCUGCCGCACUAGCGGCGUUCACGCGCCUCGCCGGUUCCGUGGGUCCGGUGAUUCGGUGUGAGCCGUGCGACGCUGCCGCGCUCCUGCAGUGCAAACCUCUGCCUAAAGACUGUGUGGAGCGCGUGAGGGAACCUGGCUGCGGCUGCUGCAUGACGUGCGCCCUGGGCGAAGGACAAGCAUGUGGAGUGUACACGGCGCGCUGCGGCUCCGGCUUGAGCUGCCAGCACCAACCGGGGGAAAGCAAACCACUGCAGGCUUUACUGGAGGGACGAGGACUGUGCUCCCCGGCCGCCUCCAAAAAACUCAACAGUAUUCUCGUCCCGGCGCCAAAGCAAGAGAGCAUUGGAAAUCAAAUUGAAGACUCAGCCAAUGCCACUGCCUCCAUGACGGUGCUGCCUGGUUUAGUGAAGGGUGGCCACAGCCGGGUAGCAGCAGACACCAGACCUUCAGUGCACAAGCUGUUCCAAAAAGACCUGAACAAGAAGACCCAAAGCUACAAGGUGGAGUCUGUGUCCGGAGGAGCCAAUAUGGACAUGCACAACUUCUCCCUGGAGAACAAGAGGGAGACUGAGUAUGGGCCUUGCCGGCGAGAGAUGGAGAGCAUCCUGAACAGCCUUAAAAUCAGCAACGUUCUAAUCCCAGGAGGCUUCCGCAUCCCCAACUGUGACAGAAAAGGCUUCUACAAGAAAAAACAGUGCCGUCCAUCCAAAGGACGGAGGAGGGGCUACUGCUGGUGUGUGGACAAAUAUGGACAGCCACUUCCUGGUUUUGACCGAAGAGAGAGAGGAGAGACGCAGUGCUACACCCUGGAGAGCAAAUGAGAGCCCCACACAAAGACGGAGAGGAUCAGAGGAUCAGAGGAGGCUGGGACAGUGGAAGAACCAAGAGCCUUCUUUGCUCUUGCACUUAGAUUUCUGUCAAACAUUUGAAGGAGCUCUGGACCUUUCAGGUCCCAUUUCUGUUGGCGAGGGAGGGAAGGGGAGAGGGCUGGUCACGCCACCAGUCUGUCACAGCUAUCUGCCCUGUGCUUAGGGAGCGCUAUCUUUUAAUAAUAAACACAUUUAAAUGGAAUAAGCUGAAGCCGAGAGAAGCAGGAGAGUCCUAUUAUCAUCUGCACUAUUCUUUUAAGAGGAAAGAGGGACUUUUUCCACUCACUUUAAAGAGGACAUUUUGGAGACUGUAACCCAAAAAUCCACACUUCACUGUGUCUGCAUGUCUGUACAACUGUGUGUGUGUUUGUGUAAAUACUAAUUGUCCUUAAGCUCAGUUCAGACUUGUUAGACUGCCCUUCCAUAGUUUACAAUGCAGAAAAACCUUUGUGGCUCAGGGUCGGAUCUGAAGUGAAGGAUUAUGGGAGCACAGCAUUGACUUCAGUGUGUUCCUGUCAAGGAUGUGGGAGUCUCUACAGGAGGAAGUUAGCCUGCUGUUACUGUUACAGUGCCUUACAGUGUAUUUUUCUACUCAACCCUUUGUAUAGGACAGAUUAAGGGAAUACUCCAGUUACCUUCAGCCUGAUAACAUUCUGUGCAUGUUUGAAAACAGCGGCUCUGAUUGUAAAGUGCAGCAGAAACUUGAAUUCCAAGUGUUAGCGUAGCACAUAGCAUGAUGUCCCAGCGAUGGCAGCUCUAUAGUGAAAAGCCUCUUUGACUAUCACAAACCAAUGCACUUAAACAGCCCCAAAGUGAUGUUUUGUCUUGAGGGUUUAGACACAACUCGCCAUGUUAUAUAUAAAGGUCACGAUCGGUGUGGAGCAGUUCACGAGUCUCUAGAGCUGUGUUUGAGGGCAGUACCAGUCCUCUGGCAGCUCAGGCCUGACAUGCGGGCAGCAGAGAGACUGUGCGACAGAGCUUUCUGUUGACUUUUGAGUGUUUUUGUGGGUCCCCAUGGGAAGACUUUAUAACUCAUGUGAAUCCAAGUUUUCCACAGCAAAUGAGCAAGAGUGCAUUAAGUCAUUAAGUGUUCAAAGUCUGCACCACUCAAAAACAACUUGUUUUCUCACUGCUUUCACUGCACAGAAUGAAGUCUGUCCAAAGCCUGACACUGUCAACACAUUUUCAUAGAUGUCAAAUGGCUGAUUAAAAGGGGACGUUUCUCUCAUUUUGCCCUAAAUCAUUUUAAAGUGCAUCAGGACCGGGAAUACUCAACUCAUUUCGAAGAACUGCUGGUCUAAUAUGGACAUUUUAAUAGUGCACCAUGAAAACAACAUAAAUAGUAUAUGUUUUACAGUGAAUUCAAACAAACAUGUGAUUUAUGGAUUUCAUUUGGAUGAGCUGAUUAAUUUUACAGACAGCCUCCUUUUCUACAGCUGUAGAUUUAAAGUGCCACAUUAUGUCUCUUGGGUGGAGUAUUCCUUUAAUAUGUCCCAGUUUGCCCCACAUCUGUGUGUUUAGCCUGUCUCUGGUCUCCUCGUUCCCUCAUCCCCUGUCCCCUUCUUUCCUCGUCCCCUGUCCCCUUGUGUGUGUGUGUUUGCGUGUGCUUGUGUGUGUAUGUGUCUGUAUGUGUGUCUGUGUGUGGGGGGGUCAUUCUAACGCUCAAGUCCAAAAUGUGCUGGAUCUCAGUGCCUACUUCUCCUCCGUCCCUUCUUUCUGCUUUGCCUCCCUCCCCCGUCCCCCUCUGUGUCUCACACCUUUGUCCCUGUCUUGCUGCUGCCCCCUGUCUCACCUCCCUCGUCCAUGUUGUGCUCCUGUCUUGCUCCUGUCUUCCUCUUGUCCUCUUCUCCUCUUCUCAGUGGUGCGUCCUGGUGUUUGCCUUUGUCUCUGCACAGGUGCCAGCUGCCCCUAAGCUUCCAGCUCAAGCACAAGCACUUAAAGCACUUUAGCUGCGUGGUCCUUGGUCAGUACAUGCAGUUAAAGACAACUGGACCUAUCCUUUCUCAGAGCUGACGGUCCUGUUAGAACAGGAGCCUGAAGGACAAACACAGCUACACCAGGACAGAUAGUGAACAGCCCUCCUUUCAAUGCAACUCCUUUCAUUGUUGUUUUUAUGUCUUUGAAUGAUGCUUGUAUGCAUAGAUGCCAACAAGUCUCCACAAGGUGGACACUGCACCAAAUAUGCAUUGACACAAAUAAAAGGGUCUAAGGGGGAGCUCCUCCCUGCCCAGUGCACUCCCAAUCCUGUGGACAGACUUGAACAGGGCCGAGUGCUGCCCAGUAGCUUGGUGCAUACAUUUGGCUGUAUGCUUCCAUUGUUAUUCACCAUUAACUCCAGCGUUUUGGUGCUAUAUUCCAUCUGCUCAAAGACUUGAUGUACAGGGAGGAUCAAAACUCGUGUAAGCUAUUCCCUUCCUUACAGUUGUAAGAGUGUCUUUUUAAAUAUAUUAAUAUUAUUAUUUCUUGGCCAGCUAUGUGUCUGACGAGACGUCAUGUACAGUACUUAAAAUGAAAUAUUUAUCUAAGAAGAUUUAUAAGCUGAUUCAAACUUGGUUUUCUUAAAUGAACAGUUCAUCAGUUGCACAGUGUAUUGUGGGAUUAUAAUCACUAAUGAAUGUUUUAUUCUUAAACCUUGUUUUCUGUCAUAUUCUGAGUCUGUGGCAGACACACGGCCUCUGCAGUCUCUCCAUGUUCUCCCAGACAUCCAGCCUUUGUCUCACACUCACUUUAUUCAUUUUGGUACAAUGUUCUGCUGGUGACAUUAUGAAUCUCUCUGUUCACGGGUAAAUCUUUUUGUUCUUUAUUUUUUGUCUUUUAUCCUAAAAAAAAAUCUGAUUUAAGCUUUUCACAGUAAACUAGAGAUCGCAGCGAUUUUCUCUGAAACAAAAUAACUAUGAUUCAAAGUAUCAUUUGUAUUUAAUGUUCUUUUUAUAAAAAUAAAAAGUGAAUCGUACACAUGG